AUGUCUGUCGAAGAAUCCAAAGAAAAGCCAUGGAACUUUUACAAGGAAGAGCCACCAAUCGAUACGAACAUUGAAAGAUUUUUUCUUACUUAUGCAUCGAUUUCUCCGUCGAAGUUACGCGAACAUUUGUUCACAGUUCGUCAAUGUGCUUGGCAACGAUAUAAUUAUCCGUGUCUCGGUCUUUGGACUUUCCUAGAUUUCUCCAUUUGUCGAAAUCCGAUCUAUAAAGAGAUUCUUUCUCGAUGUAAAAAUGAAAACGCAACAGUUAUCGAUUUUGGAUGUUGUCUUGGGCAAGAUGUUCGACAAUUGGUAUCAGACGGAGUAUCUCUUGAUCAAAUUCGUGGCUUCGAUAUUGAUCCAUUUUUUAUUCAACAAGGUUAUGAAUUAUUUUGUGAUGAGAAACAGAUGAAAGAAAAGCAAGUCUUUCGUUCCGGUGAUAUUUUCGAUGAACAGUUUUUAGAAACAAUUCAACCAGCUGAUUAUGUUCACGUGGGAUCAUUUAUUCAUUUAUUUGAUCUGGAAAAACAAAAGGAGGUUUGUCGAAGAUUAACUCGUCUAUGUAAAUGUGCAAUUCUUGGACGGCAAGUUGGUUCCACAGUACCCGGAGAAUAUUCCAGACGUGGAGUAUGUGAUGGCUCAAAAAUGAUGAGACAUUCUCCUGAGAGUUUUGCUCAAAUGUGGAACGAAGUGACCGAUGGCGUUUGGCAAGUUGAGAGUGCUCAGCUGGAAGAACGACAUUUGAUGAAUGAUGUUCAACGAUUGAUUUUCGUUGUUCGAAAAAAAUCCAGUGAAACAUUAUGUAGUUCUCGACUCAAGCAAAUUCAAUAUAUUUCAAUUAGACUUUUUUGUUUUCUUUCUCUUAAAUAUCACUUAGUCUGUCUGUGA